ACCUGCUCCUGUCGCUGAACCCUUUCUACGACUGCUUGCGUUUGUGUGCAUCAUGGGUGGGGGUACGACGCUGGCGUUCGGGGCUUUACCUUCUCAUGUGACCACGACGAGGGAGCUUCGGUCGGCGGGGGGAGUGUUCAGCAACAUUGGGAUAUAUCCGAGCAGCAGCAGAUCAAAUCAGCAGCUGCCGGAAACAUGUCGCUAUGCUGUCUCGGAGAUGGUGGGGGCCUCGGAGGAGACCGGAGGCGUGUUCGACCCUCUCGGUCUUGCGACUGACGAGACUUCCCUUUACCGGCGGCGCGUGGCGGAGCUAAAGCACGGGAGGGUCUGCAUGCUUGCUACCGUGGGCGUGCUAGUGCAGUCGUUCGUCCAGUUUCCCGACCCGGAUCGAUCUGCCUUUUCAAACACCAGGCCGCUCGGGGCGCUAUUUCAGGUGUGGAGGGAACGACCUGUGAUCCUGUUGGGGAUUGUGGCCUUGAUGGGAUUGAUAGAGCUCACCAUCGGGAGGGAGGACUACGGGAGCAGCGAGGCCGAGCCCGGGAAGCUGGGGGAUUUUUGGCAAGCAGCGCGGCCUGAAGACCCGCAGCUUUGGAGGAGAAGGCAACUCCAGGAGUUGAAGCACGGAAGACUCGCAUCUCUCGGAAUCACGGGUAUGCUGGCUCAAGAGCUCGUGACGCACGAGGGGCCGGUGGAACAGCUUCUAAAGGGGGACAUCAACCCUUUCCAUGAGUACUGA